AUGGGGCCAUGGUUGUGGCUGGGUAUUGAUCUUGCUUGGGGCCGUGGUUAUGGAGACAACACCGGUGGAGGCGUGGAGAUCAGCUUCCGAUGGGAAAAGAGUGAUAGAAACAAAAGAAAUCGCAAAGAAAAUCAAGCUAUCAUUGCGACUACAGGUUCUGUACCAAUGGCUAAGCGUAGAAAAGAAUUGGAGGAGAAGAAUGGAUGUGAACCAAGUCCAAUCGAAUGUUUCAGGUCGAUGCAUAUGAAAAAGGAUGGUGUUACUUUUGCCAGUGAAAAAGCACAAAAAUUAUAUGAAAAAAUGGAUGCAAGGAAAUCAGAGGUUGCAUCUCAAGGUGAGAUUGUUAAUGAUAGUCAAAUAUUCUUUGAAGUGACUGGACCUCCUACUCGUGGUCGUGUGCUUGGCAUGGGUGCUGGUGUCAAGCCUAGAGAUGUGUAUGGCCCAAGUUCAUCUAGCCAGUGUAGUAAGCGAUGUCAAAAUCAAAGGAUAAAAAUUCUGCUGAGAAAAUGA